AUGACCUUCGAAGUGGAUCGUUACCCGCCUACGUGGGCACAUAUAGCCCUUUGUGCUGAUCUUACAUGGGCAUCUGAACCUCAUGAUGACUUUAUAGUGGCAAACCAGCGCCUUUUGGCACAACACUGUCGCAUUUCGCAAAUUCUACAAGACACGAGAACAGAGUCGCACUGUCAGACCAAUCAAUGUGAAAUAACGGAGAAACGCCUAGAAAAUGGUACUUCGAGCAGUCGGAGAAGCGUGAAAGACAUUAUUCCAGAGUCUAGACUUGCACAAUUCUAUGGAAAUUUUUAUUACGACGAGCACAGGGAGAGCUGUUACACAAACCCAAAUGAGAGCAACCGCAUCCGUCCCUAUUGCAAUCAAGGAUGCGAGAACUCCGAUGUUACUGAAUGCUGGAUGUUGGCAGAGGUUGAAUAUUGGUUUCGAAAGCUGAUAGAGGAACCCUCGGAUCGCAGCAUGCUCCCGCGACGUCGCAGGCAAUACAGAAUACCAGCUGAUGACGAUUUCGAGCGCUGGGGCCCGUAUGGGGCACGGACUGUUGAGGAGGCGAACCUCGAAGCAAAAGUACGGAGCGUAAGGAAGAUUUGGCAAGAUGACAGUCCCGGUCAGUGUUCAAGGGCCAGAGCGCCGAGUCCUCCUCAACCACCUAGAAAAAUGAGGGCCAGGAGACGACAACCAAGGAGAUUGUCGGCCCUGGCACCUCCACCACCGUUAUAUUGCUUGGACGCUCCAGCACAACUCGUCUGUGACCCCACUUGCAAGUUCCAUUUUGAAACACCAAGACCACCACAACUGACGGAAUGUCAACGGGCGAUAAGCCGCUAUUCGGCCAGCAUGCAAGCGCUAAUGCGAGUCACAGCGGCUAGGUGUCCUCUCUACCGUGGCACGAAUGUAAGUCGAUACGCGCCCACCGGACAAAGACCUUUACGGUGUUCGGAUCGACGGUGCAGCAUAUGGUGGCCGCGUGAACAUUUAUCUGCUAGACAGGAACAAAAGUAUCCUAAACAACCCCAACCUCACAAUAUUGUAAUACGUAAAACAUUAGAGGAAAAAGAUGAUAAUGAUUCUAAAGCGGAAGAAAAAAGGGAGGAAAAUGAUGAACCACUGAUAGAGCAAAAAGAUGAAAAACAAGAAAGUCCAAAAAAUACACAGAAAGAAAAAAUUGUUGAAGAUGGUCAAGUCGCAUCAACGAGCUCCGCACCAACGGAAAACGAAUUGAGAAAGAAACGGUUAUACAGUACUGUACUCAGCAUGAGCGCCCCUCCUCCGAUCAAUAUAACAGCAGGAUGCAUUAGAUUAUCUCAAAAACUCGUCACACCCGGGAUUCUCAAACUUAACCCUAAAAUCGUUUUACAAACUCGCCUGAGAACGUCCAAUGUAGACAAUAAAUUUGAAGAACUUGAAAAAGAAGCAUUAGAACAAUACAAAGGUUCCGACGAAAGUAUAGAUUCUAAAUUUCAAGAGUUGGAAAAAGAAGCCGUUGAACAGUACAGCACCAGCAAUAGUAACACUAGUUGUAGCAGCGGUAAUUCAGCAGAGAAAAAGGCGUCAUCAAAUACAGACGUUGAUGCAAAUAAAAAGCAAUCGCAAAAAUUUCAUAAAGACAAGUCUGUCGAUAGCGUUGUUAUAUAUUCGCAAAAUUUUCCCGAUCUCAACGCUAGAGGCCACACUAGUAGCGUUACGAAUUUAAAAAACUGCCACGCCCCCCCGAGGGGGGAGAAAAAAGAACAAAGCCAUCGGCCAUCUAAAACACCAAGAAAUGUUAAGAUUGAUUCGCAAAGAGCAGCAUCUGAUACUGAUAAUGAAUCCAGAAACAACAAAACAAAUCAUAAAGGCGCAAUGCGUUGGACUUUACACUUAAUGCCCCCAAAAAAGAAGCAUCUAUCUUCUUGCGUUUCGGAUUUUUCCUCUGACGAAGAUUUAGAAGAACCUCCUGGUUCUAUAAAGGAUGCAGGGCCAUGUAUCAAGCACCACAUUACUGGCAAAGUUAAGAUGUCCGCCCACGGCGCUGGUGACUUGCAUCCAAUCAUGCGAAAAACUUAG